AGUGAGUUUGACAUUCAGUUGUGCUUGUGAGGUUAUGAGGGCAGGACUGUGGUACUGCCCAGGAGCCUUUUCUCACUGUCCUCUCUGGUUUCGUCAGCUCCUGCUCGGCCCCCGCGCGGCGGUGGGCAUCGCGUGUACUUAGUGUUGUGUGUGUGCUCGAGACACGAUGGCCACGGAGGCGCGCGAGGACGGAAAAUUCCUCAGCCGAAAGAUGAUGGCCAGGUGCAGUGGACACUGCCACAAGAAUCGCAACAGUGUCGUCCAGCCGCUGCUCACAGAUCUCUACCAAAUAACCAUGGCCUAUGCGUACUGGAAGUCCGGCAAGACGGAGGAUCAGAGUGUGUUCGAUCUCUUCUUCCGCACGAAUCCCUUUCAGGGCGAGUUCACGAUCUUCGCCGGCCUGGAGGAGUGUCUGAAGUUCCUGGAGAACUUCCACUACUCAGACGGAGACAUUGAAUAUCUGCGGCAAACGCUGCCGGACGGAAUUGAGGAUGAGUUCUUUGAAUAUCUCAGCCAUCUCACGGCCAAGGAUGUCAUCAUGUACGCGAUCGAGGAGGGUUCUGUGGUGUUCCCGCGCGUGCCGCUCAUCAAAGUCGAGGGUCCGCUGAUUGUCGUGCAGCUGCUGGAGACGACGCUCCUCACGCUGGUCAACUACGCCAGCUUGAUGGCCACGAAUGCGGCACGCUAUCGAAUGGUGGCGGGGAAGAACAUCAAGUUGCUGGAAUUCGGGCUGCGGAGGGCUCAAGGACCCGACGGCGGACUCUCUGCAUCGAAAUACUCCUAUGUCGGUGGCUUCGAUGGAACAUCAAAUGUUCUGGCUGGAAAACUGUUUGACAUUCCUGUGAAGGGGACUCACGCUCACGCCUACAUCACAUCCUUCACUGGCUUCAGUGAGCUGAAGACAAGGACUCUUCGUCACAAAGUCACAGGAAUCCCGCAGGAUCUGCUGGAGUUGUCCAUCAGGCACAGGGACGCGCUGUCCGAGGUGCUGGACAUCUCCACGGAGGAGUCCAGCGAGGGCGAACUGGCCGCCAUGGUGUCCUUCGCCAUUGCAUUCCCGGACGGAUUCAUGGCCCUUGUCGACACGUACGAUGUUAAGAGUGCUCAGAACGGCGUGGAUGCGCACCCGAAUGGGGAGGUGAAUGGAUCGUCCGAUAUCAACUCGAAUAUCACUUUGCCAAAUGUUGCCAUAGAAUGUAAUCAUAAGACUGAUGUGAGACCAAAGUUGCGAUGCAAUGCCGAUGUAGAAUGUAAAUGUAGUGAUGAGAUGGGCCGGAAUGGCGAGCCGGAGGAUCACGCGAGAUGCUCAUCCAUGAGAAGUAGUAGGAAGAUUCUUGUAGGACAUGUUGUUUUAGGCAGAAACAGACUGAAUCUGUUGACAAAUGUUGGGAAGUCAUUCAGGAGUGGUUUGCUCAAUUUCUGCGCCGUCGCGCUGGCGCUCAACGAUCAAGGCUAUCGCGCCAUCGGCAUCCGCAUCGAUUCGGGCGAUCUGGCGUACUUGUCGUGCCUGGCCAGGCAGACAUUUGAGCAGGUUUCAGCUCGCUUUCGCAUUCCAUGGUUCAACACGCUCACGAUUGUGGCGUCGAAUGACAUCAACGAAGACACCAUCAUCAGUCUCAACGAGCAGGGCCACAAGAUCGACUGUUUCGGGAUAGGAACGCAUCUUGUGACUUGCCAGCGACAGCCGGCGCUGGGCUGCGUGUACAAGCUGGUGGAGAUCAACAGCCAGGCGAGGAUCAAGCUGAGCCAGGAUGUGGAGAAGGUGACGAUGCCGGGGAGCAAGAAUGCAUUUAGGCUGUUCGGCGCGGACGGACACGCGCUCAUCGAUCUCAUGCAGAAGGUGUCCGAGCCGCCGCCCGAGGUGGGCCAGAAGGUGCUCUGUCGCCAUCCAUUCCAAGAGUCCAAGCGCGCCUACGUGAUCCCCACGCGCGUGGAGUGUCUGUACAAGGUGUACUGGCGCGACGGGCGCAUCUGCCAGUCGCUGCCGGGCCUGGAUCAGGUGCGCGACAGGGUGCAGGCGUCGCUGAAGACCGUGCGCAACGAUCACAAGCGCACGCUCAACCCCACGCCGUACAAAGUGGCCGUGAGUGAUCAUCUGUACAACUUCAUUCACGACUUGUGGCUGCAGAACGCGCCCAUUGGCGAGUUGUCAUGAUAAAGGGACACCCGAGGAGUGGCCACACAGCUAAGGAGGCGGCGGACAAUGGAUGGGAGGAAGGGCAGACGCUUGCAAUUGUUGAUUCACCCACACUCACGAGUCCCCCUUUCGUUUAGAACGCGCGCGCGUGACCCGAAGAAUUGUGCCUUUUUCCCCUGUAUUGCCGAUGUGCGUGACAGAGAUUGACAUCCAGGACAGCUGUGCUGAUGAUUCUCCCCCGGAAUUGUGGGCGGAGAAUCGAUAAAAAUUGUUGGUUUUUUCUAGCGAGAGAGAGAGAAUUUCUCUCCCCGGGUGGGAGUUUAUCCAAAUCACUUGUACCUCUCUUUUGUCUGUAGGAUUUCUUGUAGAGAGCCGUAAAAUCACCCACGAAAAAAGAUAGCUUGUGAAGGAGAAGAUCCUUUUUGGCCUGUGAGGCUGAGGGAUGUCGUAGUAAAAGACACACACGUAAUUUUAAGGGCGACAUUUGUGUAGGUUUUGCGGGAACAUUUUCCCGCCCAUCAAUUCAGUCUGUGAAAUAAAUAAAAAAAAACGAUGAGGUUUGUAGGGAAAGAUAGUGAAAAAAAAAUGAGAAGCUCUUCGAGAUCUUGCCACCUUUUUUUGUCCACCAACUCACAAUGUAAUAAUUAGGUUUAGCAGAGGCGACACUCAGCAAGCGCGCGCACUAGUGGAUUAAUUGCAAGAGAUGUAGAAGAUCAGAAAACACCCAAUGUUUUUAGUCGUGUAAAAGGUGGGGAUUUUACAGAGGAGAAUAAAUUAUUUUAAAAACCUC